AUGGCGGAACACCUGGGCGUGUCCACAUGUUAUUUAUAUGGUCUCUUGAAGCGGCAGAGAGUCAUCGAGACCCAUAAUCUGCUGGCCUUGAACCUGACUCCGCAAAUCGAGUUUGUUUCCAGCAAUUCUCCUUCCCCGAUUACCAUUGCAUCGCACUUGAUGCAUCCUCAGAUAGCCAAGUGGCUCCCAGAAUCAGAGAUUCCUGUCAAUAUCGUUGCUCGUUCUGCGACCAGCUCAAUUCUAACCUCUGGCUCUUUCGAAAAGCUCAUGAGCCUGAAUAUAUCAUACCAAUGGGAGUCAGACCCAGCAGGGGUCUUCCUCCUUGACCUUAUUCCUCGAACGUCACCCUACCUGGAAUUUCUCGAGUUGAAUCGAAAUCGGGGGGGAAGCCGUCAUGAUUUGUUCGAUACCAAGAUCGAAGAGGAUAGACCCACCACCACGAAGCAGGGAAUGCGACAAUUAGGACAUUCGCUUUCUUCAUUACGACUUUGUUUCAUGGCUCGAUUUGAUAUUCCCGGACAUGGCACGUUCUCCGUUGCCAUAAGAGUAUAUGAUACACUUCUAUGCCCCUAUCUCCAGAAUAGCAUGUAUGCGAUCAUCCCUUACGGCCUUCUUAUGAUGCGCGUGCAUUUCUUGUCUCAUCCACACCGUGACGUUGGGGAGCGAUUGCGGUCUGGAUGUGAGAUCAGAAGAAAUCACGAUAAACGCAUCGGUGAGCUAGGGUGGUGUGGGUGUGAGGAAGGGGCAGAAGGGGGAUGCGGCAGGAAUUUAGAUUCGCCGUCUGUUGGAAGUGCAUCAGCAAAUGAAACCCUUCCAUUCUGCAAAACUGACGAUACCGUACAUGCGCUUCCGACUAUACUUUAG